AUGGUACUAACUGACAACGACUCAAAUAAAUCAUCUUUCCGUAAAUCUGAGGAGACUUUAUAUGCAACAAAUGAAGAGUCAUUUGUGAUAAACUGUGAUCAGAAAAUACAGAAAAAUUUCGUCAACAUUUCGAAAUAUGACAAACGUGUGAUUGUGUUCUCUAUCAUACUCAUUAUAAUUGCAAUAAUCAUCGUUAUAGCCCCACACUUCUUUGGGUCGUACGACUUGAAUCCGGUUGUUCACUUUAUAAUGACUAUGGUAUUUUGCGUGUUAGCCAUAGCCAGUGGAUAUCUUAUCGUAAUUUCUACAUAUUUCAGAGAAAAACUGAUUACUGCUUUAAUUACUCUUCUCAUUUAUGGAAUAUGUUGCUCUAUUUGUCUGUCCAUUUUCUUUACCAGUGCUACACUUGUGGAUGUUAUUCUGGGUUGGGUUGCAGCUGUUGUCAUAUGUGCAUGUGGAGUAUUUUUAGGGGCAGUGAUAAAGAAAGAUUUGAUUAAGAAAUUCAACGCCUUCCUGUUAGUGUGUGUUGUGAUUUUUGUUCUGACAGGCAUUGCCAUGUGGGUACUAAUUGCUUUCAAAAAAGUCAUGGUAUGUUAA